AUGGCACCUGGAUUUCUCGAUAUUCCAUUCGAACUCAAGUAUAGGAUCGCGGCAUCGAUAGCCCCUCUGGAGGUCCUGAAGACAGACUUCACAGCACAUAGCUGUUGCAUGAGCAGCGAUGAACUCGAAUCUGUCCAGCCACGUUUCCGAGACCUCAGAAACUUCGCGAUGGCAUGCAGCGAUACAAGGGGACUGUGUAAAGAAUUCCUCUCUCAGGUUGUCGAGUUGAUCGGCGAAGAGUCACACAUCCGCUUCCUGAGGAGAUUGGAUGAUGGUACGCUUCCGGAUUCUAUCCAGGAUACUUCGAAUGUAAAGUUCCUCUCGUUCGGAGGUUUCAUCCUCCAUGACUCUACAGAACAUGGAUGCGACGAUUACUGCUCCGAGUUACAAGAACAAGACGACAGAAUUCGACGUAUCCUCGCUCAUUUCCCAUGUAUCACGACAUUACAUCUUGUUAACGUCCCACUCUCAAUAUUGACAGUCAAGGCACUCUUUCCAAUGCAAGCUCUUCGCACGCUUAUCAUCGUCAAUCCACAACCAAAUCCACGGGGCACAUAUAGUAACUUUACCCUUCGAUGCGAUCAGACUAAGUGGUAUUUACCACAAAUAGCAAACGUUUCUGUCGUUAUGGGAGAUUCUCGUGCGAGUGCGUCUUUGAGCAACAUAAUCUCAUUAUUCGAGGAGAGCAUUACCUCUUUGUCAUUGAGAAGCGAGCAGAGAGGAUUGGUGGUUUCCCCAUGCGGCGCGCUCGAACGAGCCACUAUUUCUCUUGGCGAUACAUGUUGUUCCUGGCUUCCAAACCUCAAACACUUAUCUAUGGGGUAUCUCCGGCUCACUCCUUUCGAACUCGGAUACAUCGUGCCUAAGGGCGAAAUUAUGGACUCCCUGUCAGUGGACUGCCGGGGUUCACUGGAACAGUCCCUGCCUAUGGUGUAUAUCCUGGAAUUAAUGGGCUCCCUCGCCGGCGAUGAUAACCUCUUGUCCAAUUUGCAGGAGUACUAUUGGAAGCGUGGUUCAGGACAGUAUCAUGGACCUUACAGAUAUGAGGAUGACAUUAUGCACAGACCCGUCGUCCACUUUUCUGGCACUUUCUCGAGUGAGAACAGUAGCUCCCCCUAUACCAGUCAAGCUUCUCCCAAGUACAGAAAAGUCAAGAUCCUUCAGCUCACUUUCCAAGAUAACGAUGAAUAUUAUGCAAGGACAGAUGCGGCCGAACUGUUGAAGCUUGUUCGAAAGCGUAGCCCGACGCUGAAUGAACUUGACGAGAAUUCAUUCGUGACAAGCGUGCAAUUUGCAGGAUUUGGGAAACAUUGA